AUGUCCUCGGUGCGUCGUGUGUCUUUGCUGCUGGUUUGCCUAGUGCUGCUCGAAUCGCGAGCUUCCGAUAUACUGAACGAUGCGCACGUGUACCGUGCGUUCGCCUCGUUCGAGGUGGUUCCAGAUCUGAUCGAUGAGGCGCCUGAUUGCUGGGCGCGGGUGUCAUUUAAAAGUGGCCGUCAGGCGGAAGGUGGAAAUCGGCUAACACCGACUCAGAUCCGAAAUCCUCCCGUCGUCACGUGGAACUCGAACGAACGGGCGUUGUACACGCUCAUCAUGACCGAUCCGGAUGUGCCAUCGCGUGAUGAUCCGCGUUUCCGAGAGUUCAUCCAUUGGGCGGUUGGCAACAUUCCUGGAAACGACAUUGAUCGGGGUGAAACCCUUGUCGAGUAUCUCGGUGCGGUGACUCCUCGCGGUACAGGUCUGCAUCGAUUCGUGCUGCUCGUGUUCGAACACCUGCAGAAGCUGGACUUUUCCGGGGAGCCGAGGAUCACGAACGUGUGCGGAACGGCACGGCGGUACUUUUCCACGCGCAAUUUCACGCGAAAGUACGAGCUCACCAAUCUGUACGCGGGAAAUUUCUUCCAGACGCAGUACGACGACUACGUGGCCACGGUGCAGGCGCAGUUGCGUGAAUGUGAGAGCGAACGUUCGCUGAACGAACUGAACGGAGCGCGAAAUGGGACCGUUUUCGGUGGACCAUAA